AUGGUGAGCCUCUUCAAGCUCUACAGACUGGCACGAUUCACCAGCGGGGAGCUCCACGCCCUGCAGCCGAUCUUCCGAAUGUACGGUCGGCGGCAGGUCUUCGCAGGCCCCGUCGUGACGCUCAAGGUGUUCAAGGACAACGUCUUGGUGCGUGAGUUCCUAGAGAAGGGGCAGGGCCGGGUGCUGGUGGUGGAGGGCGGCCUGCGCUGCGCCAUCCUGGGUGGGAACCUCGCGCAGAUGGCGCUGAACAACGGGUGGGCGGGCAUCGUGGUGAACGCGUGCAUCCGGGACGUGGACAAGAUCGAUGGCUGCGACAUCGGCGUGCGCGCGCUCGGCUCGCACCCCAUGAAGUUCAACAAGAAGGGGAUGGGCGAGAAGCACGCACCGGUGGCCAUAGCGGGGACAAAGGUCUACGACGGCGAGUGGCUCUACGCAGUGGCGAAGGACGGAAAAAAAAUUAAGGUCGGGCGAAAUUUAAAUGUAAAGAAAUGA